AUGGUCAUCCCGCGCGAGGGUGACCUCGUCCGGCUCUACAUCCAGCUCGCGGACCGCGACCUUGUCACCGGCCGUGUGGACAAGAGCCGGAUCAACGAUGUCGCGGCGACUAGGCGCGUAGACUCGGGUCGACGUUCGGCGACGACCCCGUAG